GCGUCUCAGCACACAUUCAAAUGUCCAACCCCUACCCGAUCCGCAGCCCGCUCGACCCAAAUGGUGAUGAAUCCAAGAAAGACUACUCAUACACGAACCCCCUCGAAUCCAGCGGCAGUGACUACCCCUGCAAAGGCUAUGCCAACGACCCCUUCCGGUCCGUAGCGACCUACAGUCCCGGCGGCACCUACGAGAUGGACCUCCAAGGCAGCGCAACCCACGACGGCGGGUCAUGCCAGAUCUCGCUGUCGUACGACACUGGGAAAUCCUUCCAGGUGAUUCACUCCAUGCUGGGCGGUUGUCCGCUCACGGAAUCGUACGAGUUCACGAUCCCGUCAGAUGCACCGACAGGCGAUGCGCUGCUCACUUGGACGUGGUUCAAUAAGGUCGGGAACCGGGAGAUGUAUAUGAACUGUGCGCAGGUUACUAUUGGGGACGGUGAUAGUAAGAAGAGGGACGUGGAGGAGAUGCGGAAGCGAGAUGCAUUUAGUUCGCUGCCGCCGAUCUUCAUCGCCAAUAUUAAUGGGCCCGGGCAGUGCACGACUAUUGAGAACUAUGAUGUCAACUUCCCCCGGCCGGGACCUUCGGUUGAAGGCAGUAUCAAUGGCACCAACACCGGGUUUACUUGCACUGGUGAUGCGCCCUUCCUGGAUGCCGAUAACAGUGGCUCAAGUGGUAGCUCCGGCUCUAGCUCUAGCUCUGUCAAAGAUGCCCCUGUGUCUACCCCCAAGCCGACCGCGUCCAGGCCGACUGUGUCUACCUCCCACAUUGCUGCUCAGGUUGUUGGCAGUACACCCGCGGCAUCCUCGUCUGCUAAGGUGGUUGCCUCGUCGUUUGGAACCGAGGCUGCGCGCGUUGCGACAGUCCCGACGGCGGUUGCCCACUCUGAGAACGAUGCUAGUGUUGCUGGUGCCGAUGAUGAUGAGAGUGCCCGGUACGUCCCUGGCAAGCCUUGCGUCGAUGGGGCUAUCAUCUGUGGCCCUGAGGGUACUAGCUGGUCGAUGUGCAGCAAUGGACGUCCCGUCCAUAUGGGAUCUGUUGCGGCGGGAAUGUACUGCUCUCAUGGAGCGAUGCAUCGGUUGUAGAGAAUUGGGUGUAUAUGGUGGUCAGUCAAAGUUAUGGCAUCGUUUGUAUUAUGAUAUGUUCGGCUUCUUCCUUCGUUGUGUUGGAUAAUGCGCGUUGAUGACCGGGCGGAUGUGUUUACUUUCAGCGACUCAUUUGUUCUCCAUGUAUCUUAGUUGUGUCACGUUUAAGUAGCCUAUGCAGUAUUACCUUUGAAUGGAUUAAAUCACCUCAGAUGAUAUAUCAGAAGUAGAGUGAAUGAACGAUAGGCUUUCAAAGUGAGCACUAGAUGCAGUCACAGAAGUCUGUUGUGCUUUGUGCGAUGUAUUGAUGAUAGGCAUCAAAUGCCGGAAUGUCAGUGAUUUGAUGCCUGCGAGCCGAUCUCCAUAAGCAAUAACGACAGGAAUAUGACAUGCAAUGUUGUCCAGAAGCUGUCAGGUUGAUCUUGUCUCAAAGCCAAG